AUGCGAAAGUAUAUCUCAAAGGCCAUCACACGACGAUCGGCUACCAUACAAACAGCUUUGGAGAAGUACAAUAGACUCGCACCCUUACAAGAUCCACCACGUCCUGUACUUGACUAUUCCAAAAUUGUCAGAUAUGCAUCUCUUGGUGAAUUCUCAGUUUUGAAACACUCAUGCCAUGAUAUCCUUACAAAACCAUGGGCUGUAUCUGUGAAUCACAAGAUGGCCGCGAAGUAUUUCAAAUUGGUACGAUUGCAUGAAGAGAUUGUAUGGCUCAAUGUCAAGAUCAAACACUUACAGAGUUGGGUUGAGCACGAGGACAGGACCAUGUUGGAAGCUAUUGAUUCACUCCUCGCUGAUGACCCAGAUUCUUCACUCAUAGCUGAGCUGAAGACAUUGUAUGCCAAGCGCCACCGUAUCAACAACAACCAUCACAAGUGA